CAGCCUCCUGGCAACCAGAAGACAACAUCCAUCUGGUGAGCCACUCCAAGGAGCAGGCUGGGGAAAGAGGCCAAGGGAGGUCCCAUCUUGGGUGGGUCUCUCAACCACCACACCAGAGAAGAGGCCGGCUGCCCCACAGAAACCUUCCCCUUGAGGUGAGUUGCUUGGGAUCUCCCAGGUCUUCCCAAAGCCAGCAAGCCACAACAGGUGGACAUGAGGUGUGACCUGGAUUUUAAGGAUGGACCACGUAGCGUGUAGAAUCUGACAGGUCUCAGGUGUGGUAGGAUUCUGUCCGGGAGCUGGGGUGGGGGGAGAGAUGUGCUUUUGUGAAAGACCACCUCCUUCCCUACAGACCCUCUCAGGUGCUGCGAUCGGCAGAGGGGGCCCUCUUAGUAGUUCCUCCACCCUCAGAGGCUCAGUGGAUGGCUGCCCAGGUGGAGAGGGUCUUCUCUGUGGUGGCCCCUGAACUGUGUAACUCACCACAGAAGUACACUUGGUCCCUUCAUUGCACAGUUUCUUGAAGAUGCUGAGGAGACACCUCUUUACCCUGGCUUUUGACACGUGAGGUGUAGGUAACUUUUUUUUUAUUGUUGGAAGUCGCUUUAAAUUACUUUUAAAUUGUGUCUUAAUGUUUUGCCCUUCCCUGGGACUCUAUCUCACUUUGAGUCAUAAGGUUUCACUAGGCGACUGAAAACCGUUACGUAAAAACCAAUAUUAAAAUUAGCCGCUUAAAAACCGCCACCAAAUCAGCUUCAGCAAUGCACACAUCAAACUCAAUUAAAAGCAUUAAAAAAGAAAAUCGAGUAUUUUCAGUUGCCUCCACUAAGAGAGGGAGUCUGAUAGCGAAGCCUGGCCAGGAAAGGAAGUUCCAGAAGUGGGGCACCACAACCAAAAAGGCCUCGUCCCUUGUCCUCAUCCAACUGAUCUCAGAAAGAUGGAGCUAUUUUGGAAAGGGUCUCAAAAGCAACAUUUCUGCCUUCAAGACAGAUGCAUGCAAGAGCAGGCUGUUCUCCAGCUAUCUCAGUUCCAGCCCAUCUCAGACUUCAAGAUCAAAACCAGCUCUUGGAAUUCUUCCCUGAAAAGAGUUGGCAGCCACUGUAGUUCUUUAAGUGGAGCUAAGAUCCUCUCCUUCCUAUUAAAAACAUUCCACUUGCCCCCUGAAAACCUCCCAGCUCUCUCUAAACUUCUCCAGUCGGGUUCCAGGCAAGUUUCAGCUACAUCCCCUCUCUUCUUAUUCAGUUCUCAGAAUGGUUUAUGAUAGUAACAAAGCAACUAUGGGAAAGAAUAUCAGACAGCCUUUCUCAGCCUGUGGGUCCCCAGAUGUUGUUGAACUACAACUCCCAUCACCCCUAGCUAGCAAGGCCAGAGCUCAGGAAUGAUGGGAGUUGUAGUCCAACAACAUCUGGGGACCCACAGGUUGAGAACCGCUGAAAGAGCCAGCAAAAUGACAGAUAAAAUGAUGUCCCAAGUACAUAAGAAGAGUCUGCUGGAUGAGGCCAUUGGCCCCUCUGGUCCAGCAUCCUGUUCUCACAGUGGCCAAAUAACCCUAAGAACCUAGGAAUUGUGAUAGACUGCUCCUGCAGCUGGAGGUUCCAUAAGAGCAAAAGAAGAGCCUGGCCGCAUCAGACCAAAGGAGGCCCGUCAAGUCCUGCAUCCUGUUCUCACAGUGGCCAAGCAGCUGCCCCAAUGGGAAACUCACAAGCAGGAUCCGAGCACAAGAACACUCUCUCUUCCUGUGGUUUCCAGCAACUGGAAUUCAGAAGCAUUGUGGCAUCCAACGUGGAGACAGAGCAGAGCCAUCCUGGCUCAUAACCACCGAUAGCCCUCUCUCCCAUGAAUUUGUACAAUCCUCUUUUCAAGUCAUCCAAGUGGGUGGCCAUCGCUGCUUCCAGUGGCAGUUCCACAGUUUUAACUAUACACUGCGUGAAGAAGGACUUUCUUUUCUCUUUCAUGAAUCUUCCAACAUUCAGCUUUGUCCAUGAGCUCAAGCGUACCAAGAGGGAGAGAGAAACUUUUCUCUAUCCCUUUUCUCCAUGCCAUGUAUGAUUGCAAAAACUUCCACCAUGUUGCCUCCUAUUCGCCAAAUGCUAGGGAAAAUAAAACAGAAAAUGUGCAAUAAAAUGAAUAGGCAGGGAGGGGUGCCAAAAGACUCAAACCAGGAUGAGCGCCUAAUGUGAAGUUUCUGUUCCCUCCAAGUUGCCUCACACACACACCCCCCCCAAAUGUUUAUGAGUUUUUAUCUCUGGAGGACUUCCUUCCCGACAGGAGAGAGUCUUGGAAAUUUCCCUCUCCUUAGCAGUAAGUAACACAAAGAGCCUCAUUUCCCGGCAAUCUUCAGCCCUGAUCAGAAAGUGAUGAAUGCACAUUCUGUUCGCAGGAAACCAUGUUCUGUGUUGUCCUGUAUACAUUUCUGCAGGACCUCUUCGGUCUAGAACAGGGAGCGCAGGCUGGAUCAGGCCCAAUGGCCUUCAGGAUCUGGCCUGCGGAAUGUCCGUGGAUUGGUGUGGGGAUUCUGUUCGUUCAGGCUGCGCCAUUAUUUUUCUGCGCCAUUCCAUUCCCUGCCCACACCCACCCACACUGCGGCAGCACCUCUUCCCUCCCUCCUCCUGACUUCUCUCCUCCCUGCCUAGAGAAGGAAGGGAGCUGGGCUGAGCUGGCUGAGCACCAUGUUAAGCAGCCCCCCUCCGGAGCCAGCCCCGAGGGGGGUGGGGCAUGGAGGGUGCCCUCCCAGGCACAGGAUAGCCACUCGGUUGCACGGAACACUGUGCAUGCCCUGCAGUCAUGGGCGGAGUGAGCCACCCAUGGGGGCAGAGCUAGCCACCGAUGGCGGACAUACGCCGUGCCAGCCGCCCGUGACUCCCAAACCUCCUUCCCCCUCCUUCCCCACCGAAUGUGAUUCGGUGUUGGCCCUUUGUUCUGUCUUUUAUGGUUUUUUAAUUAUUAUUUAUUAAUAAACUAAACAAACCAAAGAUAAAGAGCACAAAUAAAUACAGUGACAGCAGGUUGAAAGCAACACACGUUUGGAGAUUAUCACUGAACUUGUAGCUCCAAAAACAAAGGGGGAAGGGGCGAAUGCCGCCGGCAAAGCGGCGCAGGUCCCCCCCUUACCCCAACGGCUCAGAGUAGGCUUGGGAGUCGGGGCAGGCAGCGCGCCAAAUGUCACCCCCCCCCAGCGAAGACACCCGGGGUGGUCUGCCCCCACCACACACCCCUUCUUCUGCCCCUGUGCACACCCCUGUUUCCUUCACGUCAGCUAGAAGCCUGAAGCCUUUGCCCACCUUCUGAGAGCCUGAGGAGGGAAACUGGCAGCUAAGAGACCCUUCAUUUGUGUGUUGCAUCAAAUGCUCUUCUCCGAAACAUCUUUGAGGCAGAGAAUGCUGGACCAUUCACUCAGCGGAGCAGGUUGGCCCCGAAGAGCACUCCCACACUGCCCUCUGCUGGGAGCAAAGGAUUCUUAUUUUAUUUCACUUUUCUACCUGUGGAUUUUGAUUCAGCCAAAGCUUCGAGAGAAGUGGGAACAGGAGGCCUGGGACGUGGGAACGAGACCUCAGCAUAAACUUCUUGGUGGCCUCGAUGACAAGCCACUAACUCGCCAUGGAUGGUUUUCAUCACUGUGCGGCAGUGACAAUUUAUGAGGCAGCACUUUGCCAAUGGAAAAUUAUUAGCAGCAGUCUGCCUUUGCCCUGGGGCUUGGGGCUGGGUGCAACUUUGUAAAAGGGCAGGGGACACAAAAUGCCAUGAUGGAGUCUACUCCAAGCAGCCCUGCCCACGCCCUGUGCUCAGAAAGCCAUAGAGGCAGCCUCCAUUUUGAUAUUCUUUCGCCCACGAAAUACAGUUGUUAAGCCAAGGGUUUUCAGAGAAUUAAUGUGAUGCGGUGUCAGCCAUUUGUUCUGUCUUUUAUGGUUUUUUAAAUUAUUAUUUAUUAAUAAACUAAACAAAUCAAAGAUAAAGGACACAAAUAAAUACAGUGACAGCAGGUUUGAAAGCAACAUAAGUGUGGAGAUUAUCACUGAACUUGUUGCUCCGAAACAUUACAGAAAAUAUCAUUUUUUCCACAAACCCACUAGGCUGGUUUUAUAUGUAUUCCUUUGUGGUGAGUUAGCUUAACCAUAGUUCCUACUGACAAAUCACUGAUGGUGUGCUUUUUCUCUCUUCAUUUUUAGCUAUUAUGAUUGUAGCAGCAGUUAUAAGGUUAAACACUAUUACUUGAUCGUUUUCUGGAACAGCUUAUUUUAGAUAUCCAGGCAUAAAUAUGUCUUCUAUGACUUUAUGGUGUUUAAAGAAUUUUAUUGUACACCAUCAUAAUGGGUUAUUUUUAAAUGAGUUAAUGAUUUAUAAAUGCUCUUAUAAAUAAAUUAAGUGUUCAAGGCUGGAGAUGCCUCGGCGCAUCUUUAGAGUAGACCAGCCUCCCACAAGGCUCCCUCUUUUCUUUCUUUCAGGCCAUGGAUCAGAGAGGUUCUGCAACCCCCAGCCUCCCAGGUAAGAAGGGCUACUUCACACAACCCCUGAACACACACACACACACACCGUAUCUUGUAGGGUAGGACAGGGCACAGGUAAAAAUCAGUGGAGCGAGGUAGGAGAGGCAGGUGGUUCAAUGCAAGAAUGGGAGGAAGGGGCUGUUUCUCAUGACAGUGGGGAUGGGAGCUGGUCGAAGGGCCACCUCUCAGCUACAUUUAAGGCUGAAUUUGCAGGUAUUCCGGCUAAACAUUUGGCAGAACUUUCUGAUGGUAGGAACUGUUUCAGAGUGGAAUAGACUGUCGGGAUUCACAGAAUGCUGUGUGAGAUAGUAAGUCUGCAGGCUUGAGGUUGCUAACUGAUGCAAUUGGCUGAUGCAAUCAGCCUGCAAUGCUUUCUGUGGAAGUGCUGGAUCAGAAAGACUCAGCAAUGAUGUGCUGUCAGUUGAUUGGCUGUCAUCGGUUUAAAAGGGAAAACCUGGCCAGCAGUAAUUGGGUGGUGUAGAAGAGUGUGGUUAGAGAGAGAGAGAUAGAAAGGUCUUCCUGUUUGCCUUAAGGGGCAGCCAGGUACUCUGUCUGACUGUAUGAACUGCUCGUGUAUUAUAGCCUGUAGAUUAUUGUAUAUAUAUAUAUGUUGUUGUUGUUGUUGUUGUUUAGUCGUUUACUCAUGUCCGACUCUUCGUGACCCCCUGACCAGAGCACGCCAGGCCCUCCUGUCUUCCACUGCCUCCUGCAGUUUGGUCAAACUCAUGCUGGUAGCUUCAAGAACACUGUCCAACCAUCUCUUCCUCUGUCAUCCCCUUCUCCUUGUGCUCUCCAUCUUUCCCAACAUCAGGGUCUUUUCCAGGGAGUCUUCUCUUCUCAUGAGGUGGCCAAAGUAUUGGAGCCUCAGCUUCACGAUCUGCCCUUCCAGUGAGCACUCAGGGCUGAUUUCCUUCAGAAUGGAUCGGUUUGAUCUUCUUGCAGUCCAUGCGACUCUCAAGAGUCUCCUCCAGCACCACAAUUCAAAAGCAUCAGUUCUCCGGUGAUCAGCCUUCUUUAUGGUCCAGCUCUCACUUCCAUACAUCACUACUGGGAAAACCAUAGCUUUAACUAUAGGGACCUUAGUUGGCAAGGUGAUGUCUCUGCUUUUUAAGAUUUGUAUAUGUAGCUCACAAUAAAUAUACUGCACUGAAGAACCUGGAACUCUGAGCAUUUCUGCUAAAGCGCCACGAAGAAUUCGCGACAUAGACUCCCUCAGAAGGUAGUGGCCUCUCCUUCCCUGGAGGUUUCUAAGCAGAGGUUGGGUGGCCAUUUGUCAGGGUUUCUUUAGCUGUAAUCCCUGUGUUACAGGGGGUCAGACUAGAUGGCCGAUGGCCCAUGAAACCCCUUCCAACAUUACAUUGCUAUGAAUUGUACUGUGUUUUAUCUUGUAUUUUAUUCUGUGAACCACCCUGAGAUCUUUUGAUAAAGGGCAGUAUAUUAAUUUAAUUAGUAAAAUAGCUAGAAUACACUCCUUCAAUCUGUUUGGUGCAGAAUUUGGUAGAUGGGAAGGGUUUUCUGAAGCAGGUGGGGAAGAUAGAGCUGCCUGGCCCAUCCAAGCCACCAAGUGGGCCAUCUACCGUAUUUUUCGCUCCAUAAAACUCACCUGACCACAAGACGCACCUAGUUUUUAGAGGAGGAAAACAAGAAAAAAAUAUUCUGAACAAAACAGUGGAUGUGUGAUUUUUGUGGUUCAUGCUGUGGCCACAGACAUGCGAUCUGAUGUGAGUUUGGGGCAGCCCAAUGCAAAAGUCCUGACAAUCCAUGUGGAUCUGUGCUUUGUAACCACAUUUUUGCACUAUUGCAGCUACUCCUUUUCUUCUAAUUUCUCUCCUCAUUGCUUUAGUCUUCCUGUCUCCUCUCCUUGCAAGUUUGCUGUCUUUACCUCCCCCCUUCCAGCCAGCCUCCUUUAUUGCUAGCGUCCCUUAUCUCGUUCCUGAUUGGCAAACGAUCAGUGGCUUUGUUUCAACACCCACUUUCCUCUUUCAAAAAAAAAAAAAAAAAAAGCAUGAUCUGGUUUUUUUCGCCCCUGGGCAAUUCGGCUCCAGGGACCAUGCAUUCGCUCCAUAAGACGCACAGACAUUUCCCCUUACUUUUUAGGAAGAAAAAAAUGUGUCUUAUGGAGCGAAAAAUACAGUAUAUAGUUGAUCUGAUGCCAGAACCUGCAGGGAAAGAAGGAAGGCUGGUCAACGAUUGCUAGACCAUGGACAGCUCCAAGCAAACAACUUGGUCCAGCUAAGAUUGGAAGGAGCUGGCCAAGGUCUUUGCUGCCUGUUUCCAGACUCCCACCUCCAGGCUCCACCCCAUCAAAGGACCAACACUCUGGCCUGAAGAUGGACACUCCUUCUUUCCAUAGGUUUCAUGCAUCCAUGUAGUCCAUGCACUGAUAACCUUGAAGCUGGACUACUGUAACUGGACCAUGUGGGGCUGCCCUCAGGUCUGGUUCGGGAGCUCCAGCUGGCACAGGAUGCGGGCAUCCAGAUUGCUGACGGGGUCUUCUGUUUGAGAAUGUGUGGCACCAUUGUUAAAACAGUUGCACUGACCUCCCACCCACUGCUGAGACAUGUUCAAGGUCCUUGUAUUAAAUUACAAAACCACGAACAAGUAUGCAAUAAAACCAUUAAAAGAGUUAAACUCAGGAAUCCAUUAACCCUUGUGGGAAGAUGCAUUCUUAAUUGUUUGCAGGGGCCUGGUGGAAUAGAAAAGUUUUUGCGGGAAUGUUCAGGGAGGCAGGAGUUAUAGCAAGUUCUAUAACUUAGCAGAGUUUUAAACAUUUCCCUUUAAAUACACAGCGGUUUGCUUGUUGCAAGCUCAUUUUAGCUUCUAAAUAUUGCAUUCCUGGUAAUUCUCUUUUGUCCCUCUUAAAAAGAAUAAACACGACAAUCUUUUUUAGAAUCAGCAAGAGACGUUUACUCACAGUAUCAUCAGUUCACAAGUGGAUCCCUGAAGGCAGACUUAGGUUACAAAAUAUACACACAUGGAACUAUCCCACAACUAUUUCUAGCUGAAGAGCUGUUGCUUCUUCGACAAAAGCAAGAUGGAGAAGAGGGAGUGUGCUGCCUACGUUGCCCCUUUUGGUACCUGGGCAGGUAAGGUCACGCCCACCUCUAGUCAUAUGCAGAGGAAGUCUUGUCCCAGCUCAGGAGGAAACAGGAAGUUUUCUCCUGGCUGGUACAAAACAUCCCCUUGCAUUUCCACUCUAGGAAUGUUGUACUUGACUGCUAUGUGUUCCACAUCCCACAGUUUUCAGUGGGUGUUUAAAGUUUGCCACAGAAGGCUAAAUCUCUAUUGGCUGGUAGUGGAUGGGAAGCAGCUGGAGUUUCCAAGCUAUAUAUAUAUAUAUAUAUAUAUAUAUAUAUAUAUAUAUAUAUAUAAAUAAAAUUUUUAUUAGUUUUUUAACAUAUCAUUUUCAACAGUAGUUAAACAUACUUUUACAUCUUAUUCAAUUUUUUUGACUUCCAUCAAACCUGUCUGAAAAUUUUCCAAUCUAAUCUCUUAGUAUGCAUUUCUUAUUUUCCCUAUUACAUUUCAAACUCAUAACCAAUAUCUCUUUUUCUACUUUGUAACACUUCAUAUAUUUCUCCUUACAAAACUUAUUGUAGUCCUACUAGCGUAAUUUGUUGAUUAAAAUUGCUCUUCAGAUAGUUCACGUACUUCUUCCAAUCUUCUGUAAAUCUCUCGUCCCACAGGUUUUGAACCCUUCCUGUCAUUUUGUCCAAUUCUGCAAGUCCAUUAAUUUCGUCUGCCAUUCUUCUUUGUCAGAAUUUCUUCUGGUUUCCAUUUCUGGGCUAACAAUACUCUUGCCGCAGUUGUUGCAUAUAAAAACAAUUUAACAUUUUGCCUAUUAAUGUCCGGACCUAUAAUACCAAGUAAAAAUGCUUCUGGUUUUUAAACAAAUGUACAUUUCAGCAUCUUGUUUGUUUUGGCCCAGUUCUCUAAUCUGUCCAGGUCGUUUUGAAGUGUGAUCCUGUCCUCUGGGGUGUUAGCCACCCCUCCCAGUUUGGUGUCAUCUGCAAAUUUGAUCAGGAUGCCCUUGAGUCCAUCAUCCAAGUCAUUGAUAAAGAUGUUGAAUAAGACCGGGCCCAAGACAGAACCCUGUUCUUCAAGCUGUAUAUUAUAUCCAAAGUCUUUUGCCCAGUGUCUCAUUACCGAUUUCACUUCCUCAUCUUUCAAAUGCCAUUCCAACAGUAUUUUAUACAUUUUAGACAUUGUUUUACAUUCAUUGUUUAAUAUUUCUAUUUCAUCUGGAGCUUCCAAGCUUGAUACACAGGCAGUUAAAGGGAGGGGGGCUUCUCCAGGCAGUUUUGGCUAGUGGGGAUUUCAAGCAACAUGCCCAGCUGUGCUCACUCAUACACCACAAGGAUCAGAAAUGGGGGAAUGAGCACGGGUGCAAACAGGGGCUACCAGCUGCAGAAGAUCUGUGCCUCACCAUGCCCACUGCUCUGAGACUAUCUGGGGCCAAAAGACCCCCACUCAUUUGCCAUGUCCUCUCCCCUUCUCUUUCCCCUGCGUAGCUGAGCCUCGAUGUUCCAUGACCGAGAACACCCUGCAUGGAGAAGAGGAACUGGAUGAGGAGACGGUGUAAGUACAGCACAUGGUUAGACUGUGGAACUCCCUGCCACAGGAGUCAGUGUUGACCUCCAACCUAGAUGGCUUUAAAAGGGGGCUAGACAGAUUCAUGGAGGAAAGGGCUUUUCUGAGGCUCUUACUUUUAGAACACAUCUGAAGGCAGCCCUGUUUAGGGAAGCUUUUAAUGUUUAAUAGACUAUUGUAUUUUAAUAUUCUGUUGGAAGCCACCCAGAGUGGCUGGGGAAACCCAGCCAGAUGGGCGGGGUAUAAUAAUAAAUUAUUAUUAUUAUUAUGACAGAGUUGUUUCACCUGGCCUUUUGGCUUGGAAUCAACUUGAUCCCCUCCCCCUCUUUCCUUUUCCCUUUCUCCUCCUGUGAUAGAACUCCUAUUUGGGGACUUCCCAGGCUUUUUUCUGGCCCACGUAGGACUAGUCUGGAUAGUUAGCCUUGGUGAAGACUUGACAUUUUUAUCCCCCAAAAAGUUUUUGAUUGAGUUUCCACUGAAAUGAGGCUGCAUUUUAAUGUUUUAAUGUUGUAUCUUAAUCUUGUUUUUUAAGUAGUAUUUCAAUCAAUUGUUUUUAUAUUUGGUGUUAGCCAUCCUGAGCCGGGUCUUGGCUGGGGAGGGCGGGGUAUAAAUAAAAUUUAUUAUUUAUAUUUUCAAUUUUUAUUUUUAUUAACACUGCUGGGUUGCUUGUCCUCUCAGGAACUUCAUUUCAACCUUGUAUGAAUCUCUGGGGCCUCUUUUGACUGAGGUGACCAAGCUCCAAAACAACCAGGACCCUCCUGCCCACCUGAUGGUCGACAUGAGAGCCAAGCUGAGGGAGAUGGGCUCAACGGUCUCUGAUGCCAGGAAGAAGAUGAUGAGGUACAACAUGUACCUGGUGAGUCCCGCCAUCAGCCUGCCCCACCUCCCUAGGGAGACGGCCCCAGAGCGUCAAGCAAGUACACCCUCCCUUUGGGGCAGGCUCUUUCCACAAAACCAACUGUGGUGCCUUUGCCUUCCUCCCCGCAGAAGAGGAGGCUCGCCAAAGCAGUCCAUGAGAAGAAGGCCUUGAGGGAGCAGCAACUGAGGCAGCAAGAAUGUAAUGAGCAGGUAAGGCGUUUCCAACUCUCCCCAGUCCAGCGGAGCGGAGCUGAGGUGUUGCCAAAGUAAAGGAAGGACUGAACUCUGAUUAAGAAGAAUACACACAGAGGCUGGAACCAGCAAGACUCUGGGAAGGGUGCGUAUAAUAAUCUCUCUCUCUCGCCACCCCUCGGCCCAGGUCAUUUUAUUCACAAAGAACUUUUUACAGAGUGUUCGUAAGAACCAAUUAGAUUUCUUCUGAGCAUUUCAACAAACCCCACGUGGGGACAAAGUUAAACUACCAAAACUAAUUAAGCAUGGGGUAAAUAAAACAGAAUGGAAGUGAGAGCUGGACCAUAAAGAAGACUGAUCGCCAAAGAAUUGAUGCUUUUGAAUUAUGGUGCUGGAGGAGACUCUGGAGAGUCCCAUGGACUGCAAGAAGAUCAAACGUAUCCAUUCUUAAGGAAAUCAGCCCUGAGUGCUCACUGGAAGGACAGAUCCAGAAGCUGAGGCUCCAAUACUUUGGCCACCUCAUGUGAAGAGAAGACUCCCUGGAAAAGACCCUGAUGUUGGGAAAGAUGGAGGGCACAAGGAGAAGGGGACAACAGAGGACGAGAUGGUUGGACAGUGUUCUCAAAGCUACAAACAUGAGUCUGACCAAACUGCGGGAAGCAGUGGAAGACAGGAGUGCCUGGCGUGCUCUGGUCCAUGGGGUCACAAAGAGUCGGACACGACUAAACGACUAAACAACAACAAAAUAAAACAGAACUACAAAGGAGUGCAUUUGGCAACCCCUGAGGUCAUAAACAAGCAAUAUACAUGAUAAGGAGGAUGGCCAGGAGGACAGCGAUCAUUAUCACCUUUAUGUGAGACCUGUUUCCUGGCCCUAAGAUUAACAUAUCAGAAAAGCUACAUCAAAGAAGCUUGCCCACUAUCUUUAUGGCCCAGGAUGCCUGCCUGGCAAAGCAACUGGGCUGUGUACGUGACUUGUCAAGCAAGAGAAAUGGACAGUAGAGGAAAUGGCCAGAGAUGCAGAGGGUUGUGGGAUUUGAUCAGAAAUUAUUGUCAAUACAUUAAACCCAGUCAACACAAUGCAUUCAUCGUGGACACAAUGGAUUGAUGUAUAUUUUAUAAUUCCUCAUAGUAAUCCCACCUGACCCCACACUCUGGAUAUUUGCACUCCUACAUGGAGCCACUUGGAAUCACAGAAGAGUCAGAAGGGACUCCACGGGUCACCUAGCCCUCUUUGUACUGCGAUGGGCAUGGCUCCGAGCUGGAGAAAGAGAGAGGGAGAAGGGGCAAGGUUCAUGCAGUGCGUGCAUUCAAAUUUUUGAAAGGUCAUCCUAUGAAAGAUGGAGCAAUCUUGUUUUUUGCUGCUUCAGAGGGUGGAAACAGAACCCAUGGAUUUGAGUGACACGAAAGGGGAUGCCAACAUCAAGGAAAACUUUCUGACAGUAGGAGCUAUUCCUACUGGUGGCCUCUCCUUCAUUGGAGGCUAUUAAGCAGAGGUUGGAUGGCCAUCUGUUGGGGAUUUUUUAGUUGUGAUUCCUGGCUAGGUCCUGCCCCUUGCUAGGCAUGUGGAUUUUUUCAUCAAAAGAAAAUCCUUCAUCAGGCAGCGCACAGGUAAACUAUGGAACUUGCUAACACAGGAAGCACGUUCUGCAUGAAACCACAUGAAGUCUGAAGGACAGUCCAUGGCAGCAGGUCCAAGGCAGCAACACUGAGCAUAAAUCUAAAUAAAUGCAUCCUUCAAGUGCUGACCUUCUGGAAGGGAGUAAUGUGUUGUGUGGUCACACUUGGAUGCUGAGUGCCUCCCUCUUACCUACAAAGCUCACUCCUCUAAUUAGAAUGUGCAUAAUGCUGUUAGGGGGUAAAUUGCCCAUGAAUAGCAAUUAUCCUUCGCAGGCAGGGAACAGCAACCUGUCUCGGCUAGACCUGCCAGGCAUAUGGAGCUGUUCAAAGUGGUUGUUCCCCUCCCUUUGAUGCAAGGAAACAGCACCGCAUAGACCAGGACACACACUGGCAAAUUUGCAACGCUCUGCUUGAAUCACCACCAAUGCAAUCAAAACACUGAGCAGAAAUUCUCUUGAUAGAGGGCUUGCCAAGUUGCAAAGGAAGGGUAUUGCAGAGUUUAGUGCAUUAUUCAGGCGCCUCACCCCCCUGGAGCUGGUCCAUGCAUGAAAAUCUGGGGUUUUAAAUCAGAGGUAGAGGCACUAUCCCAGACCUUUUGACUCUGAUUUUUAAUAGCCUUAAGCCAGAAGCACCUGCUGCUGGGUGGAAUUUCAUUAGGAGUUUUUGUUGGUUUGUUUUCCUACUGAUUUCAUAAAAAUAAAGUAUUGCAUUGCAAGCUGUUCUGGGAAUAUCUGCUUUGAAAGGUGGCAUGUCAAGCGCUUUCAAUCAAUCAACCUCUUCUGACACCCUUCCUUCCGUGUAGGAGAUGCCACCACCAGAGCUGCUGAGGAACAAAGCCCAGGAGAGGGCUCACCGGCGGGGUGUCAGCCUGCAAGACCCCCAGUUCGUUCCAGUGGUGGAGGAGGCCUCAGGGCGACUGCGGGUUAGAGACUGGGUUUGGGGGCAAGGGAGUGGGAGCUGAAAGUGACAGGGGGGCAGGUUAUAAUGAUGGGAGGCUUGGCAGCCCAGUGUGUGGUGCUGGUGCAAACACCCUAGGUUUGCGGUAUAAACAGCCCACAAAAACUUACUUAACUACCUGGCGCAAACAGCGUUUUCUUAGCUUUUCCCAGCCUGAAAAGACAGCUAGCUAAGAAAAACAUUCAGCGGCAUGAAUGAGGCAAGUUCUAUAGGGCAUGAUUGACGGAAGAACUGGCUCUGUGGCAAGUGCCACAAAAUACCCAUUCCGCAUCUGUAAGAACUCAAACGAUUACCGAUUAACGUGCACCUGCACUUCGCAGCUCCUUGCCUAUGGAUAUCAGGCAGGUGCCUUCCCUGUGCCUUUUGGCCCCUGCUAAAAAACCCCUCUUGUUUAAACAAGCCCACCCAAACUCUUAGAAAGUUGGUGCAAGUUUUCAUCUGUUGUUUUAGUCUGUUGUGAUUUUAAGUUUUGCAAAAGUUUUAAAUUGUUGUUGUUAAAUUUUAUUUUUAUCUUUUUUGUAAAUUACUUUGAGGUGGUUUGUUUUUUGUUUUUGUUUACAAUCAAGCAGUAAGUAAGCAAGUAAAUGUAAAGGUAAAGGGACCCCUGACAAUUAGGUCCAGUCGUGGCCGACUCUGGGGUUGCAGCGCUCAUCUCGCUUUAUUGGCCGAGGGAGCCGGCGUACAGCUUCUGGGUUAUGUGGCCAGCAUGACUAAGCCACUUAUGGUGAACCAGAGCAGCGCAUGGAAACGCCGUUUACCGUCCCGCCGGAGCAGUACCUAUUUAUCUACUUGAACCUGACGUGCUUUCGAACUGCUAGGUUGGCAGGAGCAGGGACCAAGCAACGGUAGCUCACCCCAUUGCGGGGAUUCAAACCGCCGACCUUCUGAUCGGCAAGCCCUAGGCUCUGUGGUUUAACCCACAGCACCACCCAUGUCCCUAAGUAAGUAAGGUCAACCAGCUCACCCCCCCCCCUUUUCUCCUUUCAGCCUCUCCAAGACAUCGCCGAUGGAAGCAGCCGGGUGUGCAUGACCCCGCAGGGAGUGCUGCAGAAAAGCGCCUGCAGGCUGGAUGGCAUGCGUAAGUGCAGGGGUCAGGGUGCCCUGGGAUGUGCACACAGACCUCUCUCCCCCCACCCCACCCCACAUGUUUCUUGGCAUUUGAUGGGAGUAAACCAUUUGCAAUGAACAAGUCAUGAUCCAGCUCCUUACAGGGCCACUCCCACUUCGCAUUGUUUUAUGACACAGAACAAUUUAUUUCAGGGUCAGCAAAGUUUACCUCGCUAGAGCUGGUUCACUCCAGCAGAGAUCCCUCUGCUGCGAUUUCCAGCAUCUGUGUCUGCUUAGAUACAAUUUGCGGCGUCUGAGCAUGUACAGAUGCAAUUUCCAGCACCGCGGAAGCAAGUCCGCGCACCGCGCCGUGCCGGUUUAGCGUAGUGUGCAGGGACUCACCAAGCGGGCGGCUCAGUUCAGGGGUGGCUCGGGGGCCAGUUAAACGACCCCCGUGGGCUGCUUGUGGCCCAUGGGCCUUAGGUUGCCUACCCCUGAUUUAUUUCGUUAUGCCCAUUAUGGUGCUCAACUAGUCAGCCAAAGCCAUUGCCUAGACCAGUGUUUCCAAAACUUGGGUCUCCAGCUGUUUUUAGACUACAACUCCCAUCAUCCCUGAUUACCAUAGCUGUCAACUUUUCCUUUUUCUUGCGAGGAAUCCUAUUUGGAAUAAGGGAAUUUCCCUUAAAAAAAGGGAAACGUUGACAGCUAUGCUGAUUACUGGUCUUUCUAGCAAGGGGUGAUGGGAGUUGUAGUCCAAAAACAGCUGGAGAGCCAAGUUUGGAACACAGUGGCCUCGAGAAAAGGGCUGUCUUGGCCGGCUUGCUUUCUUGCGUUCUACCCCUACAGAUGCAGGAAGGGACUUGGGGCAUCAUCAGGACAGACUGACCCCCUCCCCAAACUCACAACAGCAGCACCUUUGGAAUACAGUGGUACCUUGGUUCUCAAAUUUAAUCCGUUCCAGAAGUCCAUUCCAAAACCAAAGCAUUCCAAAACCAAGGUGUGCUUUCCCAUAGAAAGUAAUAAAAAAAAUUAAUCCAUUCCAGACUUUUAAAAACAACCCCUAAAACAGCAAUUUAACAUGAAUUUUACUAUCUAAUGAGAUCAUUGACCCAUAAAAUGAAGGCAAUUAUCAAUGUACUAUACUAUAAAAUAAAUAAGACAGUAUUGUAGAUGAUGAAAAUUAAAAUUAAAUUCUUUUCUUACCUGCACUGAUAGUCAUUGUUUGGAUUGGGGGCCUUUAUCCGUUUUUGCAGUCACACAGUCAGUCAAUCAGUAGCUGAACUGGGUUCCACACUGUCACAGAAACAAAUUAACUGAAAAAGCCUCAAAAACUCAAAAUAAAUAGCAAAAAACAAAAGCACCAAACUUAAUCUCUUCCGGAAGUCUGUUUGACUUCCGAAAUGUUUGGAAACCCAGGGCACAGCUUCUGAUUGCUUCAGGCACCCUGGAAACAAUAGCUGACAGCCGCAUCAGACGCUCAGCUUCUGAAAGCCGUUCAAAAACAGGAGCACUUAGUUCCAGGUUUUCGGCGUUUGAGAACCAAGGCGUUUGAGAACCAAGGUACCACGGUACUUCAUUGUGGAGUCUAACUGGGUUGCCCUUCUCUUUCAGCUUCUCGUCCAUCCCUUGAUAGAGGCCAGAUGUGAUCGCGGAAGUUGGCAGACAGAUCUCUCAAUGCUUUUCCUUUGGGACCCCAUGGACCAAAGCAAGGCUCAACAUGGCUGAGCUGGGCCCCUUGUCACCCAGUAGCACCAAUUAAACCUCAUUUCUUCCAU